AUGGAUGGAGCAUGUGAGCAGGUGGUAUCGUCAGUACCAUUAGUGAAGCACUGUACAUUUCCUGUUGUGCCAAAAUUAUCCCGUACAUCAUUUCUUUUUCUCAGUUUAAUGCUGUGCUUAACAUCUACAUUAACUCAGCAUAUGAAUCUGUAUAGAACUGUGUGGUGGUUGCCAAAUUCGUCAAUCGAAUACCCUGUAGAAUUUGACUCAGUCGACUAUUUUGUUACGGCCCAUAUCAUCUUUAUGCUGUGUACUCCGUAUGUCUAUUUAAUAGUGCUUAAGCUUAUUCCUUCAUUCAUAAUGACAUCACUAAUAAUGCGUUCAGUCCUGGGUUUACUCAUUUUUACUUCCUGGGGCUACAUCAUGAUCUGGAUUUUAAAUCGGAUAGAAUAUUCCGGGACAACAAUCUUGUAUCACCUAUCCGGAAUAGUGUUGCUGGCGUAUUUUCCCAUACUGACUAUCCUAGUUUACCAUUCUCGUUAUUUGGAGAAAGUCGUUUGCCAAGACAUUCGUCAUCAUCACCCGGAUAGUACUGAUAGUAAUUCAAGGAUGGUAUAUCAACCGUCUAUUUUCGGUUUAACAAAUUGUCUACAGCUGUUUUCAUCGUCCUGUUGGCGAUGUCUCACAAUCAUUACGGACUGGCCAUGUUUACCUUCCGAAAACAUGUUUUUCCCAACACCAUAUACAUUUGUUCCUUCAAGACAACUCCAUGCAUCAACUGAUCAUCCAUCAUUUCAAACCAUCUAUUAUACAAGUGACUUAGUUUCAAAUAAUUAUUUAAUGAAUCAUCAGUGUUUAGGUGCAACACCUGAACAAAUACGUGAGGAAGUUGAACUGUAUAGACGUGAUUUUAAUGCAAGGCUAGUGGAUAUUUUAAUUGGUACCUUACAUGCAGUUUAUUAUGGAUGCUUUCUGCCAAUUAUUUUUGUUCAGAAUGAACACUUAUAUAUUGAUUAUUGGUGGUGUCUCCAGCAUUGUUUCUUAACUGGUUUAGUAGUAUUUCUGUUACGUUGGCAUUAUUUUCUACCAUGCGAUUACAUCGACCUUCUGCAUCGAAUUUCUAUGCAUCUGGGUAGUUGGGAGAAUUCGCUCACACGAAGCGGAUAUCUAAACGCUACAUCGUGGUCAGCGUCUACCAUUUAUCCAUGUGGGGUUGUAGUCAAGCAUAUGCAAGGUUUAUUUCGUUCUGUUGGAAUUAAUAACUGUGCUGAACCAGGCAAUCGACUUCAUUCACGAUUUUAUUUUAUAUUCGACAAUCCAAAAUACCUAAAUAGUAUGCUGUUGUGCCUCUCUUCACUUAGUGUAUUGUAUCAAUGUUUUUGUUCAUAUUGGGUUUGUGAAUGGUAUAAAUUAAUCGGUUUAAUAAUUGAUGCCUUAUUUUGUUUUCUUAAUUUAUAUUUACAUUCUCGUAACUCAAUCCUCGUACAUUUUGUUUAUUCUCAAGAGAGAGUGUGUAGUUUAUCAAAUUAUUUAGGUAUUUCUUCUUUACGGUUAUUUUCUUCUGGUGGUUCAUCUACAACUUCUAUUCCCAAUUAG